CUUGGCCUUGAGGGUUUAAAUCUGAGUUGAAUGAGUCAUAUAGCUGUCCUCAUCUCUCUCUUUCUGACUUAAUCUGCCCUGGCUUUAUGUGGCCUAUUUCUAGACCGUCAAACUUUUGAGGACUUCAAGGAAGAAACAAGCACUCUUUUUUUAUUUUCUUCAGUUAAUCUCUCUUUGACUCUUCUGUUUUGCUGGGCCUGGAUCAUUGUGAGCUCAGUGGUUGUGACUCUCUUGUAUAUGUGCCUGAAGGACUGACGAUUUGGGCAGAGUACAGGACAACUCGGCAGCUUUACAGGAAUAUGACUGAACAUAAACGGCAACACCUCCUACCAUUGGCAUUCCUGCCUCUUCUGAAGAUGUUGAAACCAUGUAUUGCUACCACUGUAUCAUCAAAGGGUUUUUUGACUGAAUAAAGGAGAAAAGAGGCCAUCAAGAUGCUGCGAGAAGUGGAAUCCAAUAUUAUGGUGUUUUAUGAGUAUGUAUUGCAGAGAACGGACCACCGGUUGUUGCCCUACCCGUUGAUGCGGACCCCCUUCCAGAUGACCAGCAUCCUGAUGGGCUAUGUGUUCUUCUCGCUGUACGCAGGGCCUCUGUUGAUGGCCAACCGCAAGCCAUAUAACCUCAAAACAGCCAUGAUCAUCUAUAACUUCAGCAUGGUGUCCCUAAAUGCCUUCCUAGUCUAUGAGUUCCUGAUGUCAGGAUGGGGAACCACUUUUACCUGGAGAUGUGACCUGUGUGACUACUCAAGCAACCCACGGGCUCUAAGGAUGGUUCAAGUGGCCUGGUGGUUUUUGUUCUCUAAAUUCACUGAGCUUCUGGACACCUUUUUCUUUGUGCUGCGUAAGAAACACAGCCAGAUCACAUUUCUACAUGUCUUCCAUCACUCCUUCAUGCCCUUCACGUGGUGGUGGGGAAUUACCAUUGCUCCUGCAGGGGGAAUGAGCUCGUUCCAUGCCAUGGUCAACUGCUGUGUCCACGUCAUCAUGUACACCUACUACGGCCUGUCCGCUGCCGGACCUCGCUUCCAAAAAUACCUCUGGUGGAAGAAGUACAUGACCGCAAUCCAGCUGAUCCAGUUUGUGCUGAUCUCACUUCACAUCUCUCAGUACUACUUCAUGGAGAAGUGUGACUUUCAGGUGCCCAUGUUCAUUCACCUUAUCUGGAUGUACGGCACCUUCUUCUUCCUACUAUUCUCCAACUUCUGGAUUCAGGCCUACGUGAAGGGGAAACGGCUGCCUACGGCAACUAUGGAGAAGCUAAAGCAGAAUGCCGUUAUUAACGGCGACGUUACAGUGGUCAUCAACAGCAAGCCACUGGAGAAUAGCAACGGGACAGCACAUCGUGUCAACGGCCAUAACCAACUAGGCAAAGUGAAGGAAGUCUAGUUUCGUCCUUUUGGAAGGGGGGGGGGGGGGGGGGGGGAAACAACUGUCUGAAGGAGCCUGAAAUGCCAAAGAUUCCAAGAAAGUAUACUCUUAGCUACUGAUCACUUUAUAUUUAUCUGCAGUUCGUGGAAUAUGAAUGGCGUUAUGGACUUGGCAGUUAUUCCCUACUUGCCACACUUUUAAAUUGUGGGUAGUUGAGGGAACAUGGUGUGUUUUAACUGUACGUCACUAAUACCUCAAACCCAGGCUUGAAAUGGACUCUUCUGGUUUGACUGGAACACACUUGUAAAUACAGUUACUUUCAAAGAGGUGGUGUUUGUCACUGACCAACUCAGUCAUUACUUUGAGGCACAAGACAGCAGCAUUCUUGAUAAGGGUCCUCCAGGUCAGGCCUCACCUGUUGCUUUCCAGCAUAGGGCAAUCAGAGUGGAUGUCUGGUAAAUUGCAUUCAUUGUUUGACACUGAACAUUACUCACACCCGAAUUUGUCUGCAAUAGCUAUUGGAGAAGUUCUAGGAACUGUGCUGAGUCAGCAACAUGCCCAAUACUCUAGAAAAUAAUGAAAAGGGUUUUGAACUCAACUGACUAGUUAAAAGGUUACAAAUAACAUUGAGUGCCCUAACAGUAUUUGCAAUAACACUAGUUAUUAAUCAUUAUCAAGUGGCAGCAAAAUAUUCAAAGGCAAGAAAAUAUUUUUCAGUGAAUUAAAAAAGUACACAAUUCAGAGGCGAUCUAUAACUUAAACAAUACAGAAGUCCAUUAUUGGAUAGCUGUGUGUAUAAUGCUGCUAGUGGACUUCAUCUCAUUUGCCUUCUUUUUGACUGGAUCCAGCUCAAAGCUCUUCCAGAACCGGACAGUUUCAUCACCAGAUACAGUGACAAUAGUCGAGCAGUCUGUCCUCAUGACCUGGGGUGAAUAAAAACAGUUUAAAGUUUGUUUUGAACUUUCGACACCUGAAUAAAUCCAAGGUUAGUUUGAAAUGUGUGCUCCAAGACCAUCUGCAAGAUACACAGCCCAAACACGGACUUCCCCACAAUUCCCAACCAAUGCAGCUCUGGUACGAGUCCUCAAUUUGAAUGGGUUGAUAGUUGGAGAAAUUGCUUGAGCUGCACUGAGAAUUUGAGAAGUAUGAUGGACUACGAUAGAGUUACAGCGUCAGACAAUGCUCUUUGUCAACUGACAUUAAUGACAACUGCACAGAGCUGUUAAGUUUACACAUAGUGAAUGAAUAGCAGUUUCAGACAAGCAUUGCUAAAACAUCUGCAUGUGACCAAUAAAAUUUGAUUUGACACUUA